GGUGAGCCUCCAUUUCCAGAGGCCGGGCAGCGCGGUGUGGCGGGGUCUGGCCCCCACCCGUGUGCCAGUGGGCCACCCGCCAGUUUCAUUAAUUAGCAGCUACAGCUGACGAGUUUCUCCUGCCCCAGCCCAGCCGCGUCACCGCCAAACACACCGCUUCCGCUUUCCUUUUCGCUUUUUCCGCCAGAAGCGGGAUUUUGGCUAUGACGGAGGGAGCGGGGCCGGUGCCCAAGCGCAUCCUGGUGACGGGUGGCACCGGUUUGGUGGGGAGAGCCAUCGAGAAGGUGGUGGCUGAUGGAGAGGGGCGGCCGGAUGAGGAGUGGAUCUUUGUCUCCUCCAGAGACGCCGACUUGACGAAUGCCGCGGAGACCAAAGCCCUGUUCGAGCAGCACAAGCCCACUCAUGUCAUCCACCUGGCUGCCAUGGUUGGGGGCCUCUUCAAAAACAUCCGCUACAACCUGGAUUUUUGGAGGAGAAACAUCCACAUCAAUGACAACGUCCUGCACUCGGCCUACGAGACGGGGGUGCAGAAGGUGGUCUCCUGCCUUUCCACCUGCAUCUUCCCAGACAAGACAACGUACCCCAUCGACGAGAGCAUGAUUCACAACGGACCACCUCACAGCUCCAACUUCGGCUACUCCUAUGCCAAGAGGAUGAUCGACAUCCAAAAUAGGGGCUACUUUGAGCAGCACGGCUGCCGCUUCACCGCCGUCAUCCCCACCAACGUCUUCGGGCCACAUGACAACUUCAACAUCGAGGACGGCCACGUCUUGCCGGGGCUCAUCCACAAGGUCUACCUGGCCAAACAGUCUGGCUCUGCUCUGACCAUCUGGGGCACUGGCAAGCCCAGGAGACAGUUCAUCUACUCCCUGGACCUGGCCCGGCUCUUCCUUUGGGUCCUGCGGGAAUACGAUGAGGUAGAGCCCAUCAUUUUGUCAGUGGGAGAAGAAGAUGAAGUCUCCAUCAGGGAAGCAGCAGAGGCAAUCGUGGAAGCCAUGGACUUCAGGGGAGAGCUUGUUUUUGACACCACCAAGGCGGAUGGGCAGUUCAAGAAGACGGCCAGCAACGCCAAGCUACGGCGCUACCUGCCCAACUUCCAGUUCACACCCUUCAGGCAAGCCGUGACGGAGACCUGCGCUUGGUUCAGCGCCAACUACGCCGAUGCCAGGAAGUGAGGGGCCAGCGCGGCACCGGCAUCAUCCUCUUCAACUCAGGGUUGUCCUUUGCUGGGGCAGAGGACGGGGCUGGGGGGAGUGACAGUGACAUUUCCAAAGUAAAAAAAGGGCAAGAGCCCAGGGAGCAACCCCCACGUUCCUGCCUGCUGCUAGGAGCGGUGCGGGAUGCCGGGGCACCCCAAAGGCUUUGGGACCUCAGACCAGAUGGUAGCAGCCAACUGGAGCCACCACCUCUGCCUUGGCCAUGUAAUGGGUUACACUGCUAAUUACCUGUAAUUAGGCUGUAAUAAAGGGAAGGUGAUCAGGGUUGUUUCUGCA